AUGAUAUCCAGGUCCCGAAAUGGAUGUUUUAACUGCAAGAGGCGAAAGCGGAGAUGCGACGAGACGCGCCCGCACUGCCACGCCUGCAUCGCCCGCAAUGUCGAGUGCGAGGGCUACCAGCGACCUGUUCGCUGGGUGAAUGGAGUGGCCUCGCGUGGCCAUCUCGCGGCUGCGCCCAUGGGCAGUCCUUAUAGCGAGGCUCGCUCAGUAGGUCUUUCGGCACUGCCAGUCACGGCCGCCCGGCUGCCGAUGCCUGCUAGGAUUGAUGUCCUGGGUUCAACCUCUGGAAAUGAUGUUGUAUUAUCUGCACAAGAAGACGAAGAGCGUCUAUUAUUCCGCAAAUUCCUUGAAGACGGCAUACAACGUGUUUGCAAUGCUCAAAUCGGCCAACAGCUUGUCCUUUUCUUCAAGGACAUAUCACGCCGGUCCAGAACCUUGGUCAUGGUAUUAGCUGCGCUUCAGCUGCUCUUAGAUAACGGCCCAGAUGUAUCGUCCUUGGCAUUUAUUGAUCGUGCAAUUGGAGCAUUUCGUUCCGAACUUUCCGAGCUGCGAUAUCCGGGGAGUAUUGAUCUUCUCUCCUGCGGAUUAUUCACAUGCACCAUCUGCAUACUACAGGCGCAGCCAUUUACCCAAUAUCUGCGGCCAUUAACCGAGAUACACAAUCUUACAGAGGGCUUUGACAAGAUAGAUCCGGAGCUAGCGUCCAACCCUAUAUCCUGGCAUCUCGUAGAGGUUCUCAGCGUCAUGGAUCUUCCCCCUUUUGUCGUCGGUCGACGCAGCCCUUCGCUAGGAUUGUGGAAGCGUAUCCGCGGCCGUAUACCACAUGACAACCAUACGGCGCAUAGCGAUGUUGAAAUUGUUAGUGGAAUGCCCAAAGACUUGCUCGACAUCUUUGCCGAUAUCAUGGAUUUCCGAGACGAGACUAUCAUUGCGCGCUUCUGGAACUGGCGGUGUUCGCUGGCUGAUCCGAUUCAGACUCACCGAUGCAAUAGUUGGAGGUAUGCUGGGAUUCUCGAUCUCCGCCGAAGACGCGCACUUUCAGCUAUGCAACAUCCGAAUGAUCAUACCUCUGACAAGCAUUUCGCGGAUCCUCAAGAACCAAGAUCGGAGACUGUACUUACUGGCCUAUUAUCUUCUUUGGAAGCCUUCUGUCAAGGUUGUGAGGCCGCUGGUUACGACAAACAAAUUUUCUUGAAUCACGGACUUUUAUACCCCAUUAUGCUGGCGUCUUUGGAAGUGAAAAUGCUUGACGCGAACCCAUCGUGGAGGCAGCUACUGGACAAUGCCAAGGAAAAAAUCUCUCACAGACUCCAAAUCGACUCCGCAAAACCACUGUUUGACCUACUUGAUGAGGCUGCGACCGGCCAUCAUGAUCUAUUCGAUAUCGAAACUGUUGCCUAUAACAGAGGCAUCGAGAUUGCGCUAUUCUGA